CCUUGAACUUACUGUGGAGGAGCUCUUAAUGAUUGGUGAAGAUGAGAAGUGAAAGUACAGAUUAGUGAUUUAAAAAAGUGAGCAGACUUGCACUUGCACUUGCACCUGACUUCAUGUUCUGGACAGCAAUACUUGAGCUUUUCAGAUAUGGCUGAGGACCUGGUAUAUCUGGUCACCGGAGGCUGCGGGUAUAUUGGAGAGCACAUCGUUAAACUCUUGGUUACAGAAAAAUAUGCAAAAGAGGUGAGGGUUUUUGACAUCAGUGAAACGGAAGAAAUCAAAAACCUUAGCACAGCUUCCACCUCUGUAUCAAUGAUUAAAGGAGAUAUUACAGACUAUGAUCAGGUCCUAAAGGCCACUGCAGGAGUCCAGGCUGUGAUUCACACAGCUGCCCUUGUAGACUAUCUGGAUGUAUUACCCCACUGCAAAAUGGAAGCCAUCAACAUUGGAGGAACAGAAAACAUUCUAAAUGCUUGUUUGGCUAUGGAUGUCCCCUACCUUGUAUACACAAGCUCUAUAACAGCUGUUGGACCCAAUCGGCACUCUCAGCCCAUGCUAAGGGGCACAGAAGAGACUGUGUACACUGGUGAACUAGGACUUUUAUAUGGUAAAACCAAGGCUCACGCUGAAAAGUUAGUUCGCCAAGCUAAUGGCAAACAGACAAGCAACGGAAAGACUCUAAUCACUUGUGUUAUCCGACCAAGUAAUAUUUACGGAGAAAAAACAGUGAAUUUGGUGGAAAGCUACAUCUCUGCAAAGUCUAAAAAAGGCCGGAUAAACUACAUUGAACCUAAAAAUAUAGAUCAAUGCUUUACAUACGUAGGUAAUGUGGCCUGGAUGCAUGUAGCUGCUGCUCACCAUCUGCAGUUGAAUCCAGAUUCCCUUGGAGGACAAGUGUAUUAUGCCUAUGAUGACACUCCACUAAGACAAAGAUACACGCUGCUUUACGAGUUAUACAAAGAAAUUGACCCAAGUAUCCAGCUGGGCACACGUAUUAGUUACUGGAAAAUGCGGUUAAUUAUCGCUGCUCAUAAUAUCAUUUCAUUCUUAGUGAAGCCUUUUUGGACUUUAAAGCCUUUUAUGACUUUUGGUAUUUUAAAUUUGCUUGUCACUACAUUUUCAUAUGAUACAGACAAAGCCUAUAGACAUUUUGGGUACAAGCCAUACUAUAGUUGGGCAGAGGCAAAGCUCAGAACCUGUACAUGGCUAAAACAGGCGAUAAAAGGUAAACAAACCUAAAUUUAUUAAGUAUUGGGCUAGGUAGAGGCAACACUACCUAAAUCAAAAUAUAUAUUCAGUACUGUAAAAACAACUUCUAGGCAGAUGUGAAUAAAUGCUGUAAAGUAGACGUGCAAACGUGCCAAAAACGAUUCUGACAAUGCUUUUGGCUUGUUCAUUUUCAUACAA